AUGAAAGCCGGAAAGGCCAAACCUCACCACCCAGAAAUCCUCACCUGGGGGCGGCGGAAAAGGGAUGUUGCUUCCGACGCCCCGGAAGCCUCUGCCACCGAAUCCCCAGGGUGGUGGAAGGCCUCAGCGGCGGCCAGAGGCAGAGGAAAGGCAGCAAAAGAUUUCGGCCUGAAACCAAUACACUUGACCGCGCCUGGGGAGGGAAGUAAAUCAGCCGUCGCUCAGAAAGAACUCAGAAUAAAGGGAAAAAGAGGAAAAAGAGUUCUUCAGACCGUUCCGCUGCCCAACUUCCUCAGAGACCGGGCAGCCGCCCGAGACCUCACUUACCCUCGGCGCCUGGCGGGUGCUUUAGCCUCGGGCCGCCUCCGCCUCUCCCGCUCCCAACGGCCCACGGGCGGGCGCCGGAGCCCCGCGCGGGAGAACGGGGCCGGCUGGAAACCCGGUGGAGGGGGGGGAGGAGUGGCGGCACCGCAACUUCCCUCCCCGCCUCGAGCGCCGCCGGCCGGGCCCGGGCCUAGGCCUCCCUGGCUGUCGCCGCCGCUGGAGCUGGUACCGGAGCCCGCUACGUGCCCCCUAUGGGCCGCCGUCGCCUCCUGCGCCGCCGCUUCCGUCGGUGAAUGGUCAGCGCUAGAGUUUGAACAGGGCCCUGAACCAUCUCAACGCCAUUUGCGCUCCCGGCCCCCACCUCCUUCCUCCAACAGCCGCUCGCUCCGUCACUCCGCUUCCCACAGGCCCCGCGCGACCGCCCGACCCCGCAGCCAAUCGCGCGGCUGCUUACUCAAACCGCCGCGCAGGCGCCGCGCCCCGCAUGGUCCGGCGCCCGCCAUUGGUCCGGCCGUGGGGCCCGACGGGAGUUGUAGUCCCGGUCCGAGAGGUCUAGGUGCUGAGAGCCCGACGCGGGAGCGGGCAGCGGGCGGAGCGGUUGUGGCUGGCCUGGCCGGCCUCGGCUCGCGAGCGAGCGAGUUCCAGCUCCUGGCCCCGCCGGGAGACGCAGGUGCAGCGGAGGAGGACUGGGGGCUCAGUGCAGGCGGCUGUGUCAAUCGUUUCCCCUCCAGGGACUCGCCGGUGUCUGGGGACGGUGGGUUGUGCAGCUGCGCCGGGCCUGCUGGAGUCGCCGCCUGGGAGCCGGGAGACCGGGAGCUCGCGGCUCGGAGCGGCUCUUGA